AUGCCAAGAAGUAUCAUAGAAUACUUUGCGGAAAAUGAAAAAAGUAAAUGUGGAUAUUGCAAGAAGCCUGCUUCAAAUUAUAGCCAUGGAUUAUGGGCCCAUUCAUUGUCCGUUUCGGACUACCAAGACCUCAUAGACAGAGGCUGGAGACGAUCAGGAAAAUAUUGUUACAAACCAACCUUAGAUAUUAUUUGCUGCCCAAUGUAUACUAUAAGAUGCAGAGCUUUAGAAUUUAAAGCAUCAAAAUCACAGAAGAAAGUAUUAAAGAGAUUUAAUAAAUAUUUAACUGGUGAAUAUGAGCUGGUGAGCGCUGAAAGGAAAGCAUCAAGUUCAAGUGAGGAAAUGAAUAUAGAUGAAUCUGGUGGUGAACUUUUUGUUAAAAGUACACAGGAGCCACUUAAAAUUGAUAUUGAGGCAGACCUGAAGUAUAUUGACAGCCCAGAUGAUAGUAAUUGUGAAGAUACUGUACAACCAUCUAAUUCAAAUCAUAUAUCAGGGUCAGACAAAAUCAAAGUGAAUAGUAAUACAGAGCAGGGUCCAGAUCCUAGUAAACCGUCUUGUAAAAAAGCUAAACAGAUGAGAAUAGAACGUAAAUUAGAAAAACUUAGAGCCCAAGGGAAAGAUAUGAAUAUUCUCAUGAAUACUAUAAGUAAAGAGAAACAAAUUGAAGACUUUAUUAAAGAUCUGCCAGAGGAAACUAAAAAUAAAUUAGAGAUAAAAUUAGUUAGAACAACUUCAUCAAGUGCGGAAUGGACAGCAACAGCCAAUGAAACACAUGCAGUGUAUGUCAAAUACCAAAUGGCUAUUCAUGGAGACACUGUUGAGAAAUGUACUGAACCAAAGUUUAGAGAAUUCCUUGUGCAGAGUCCAUUAGUGGAGGAAUACUCCGAAGUGGGUCCACCUUGCGGCUAUGGUUCCUUCCACCAACAGUACAGGUUAAAUGGCAAAAUAAUAGCAGUUGGUGUAUUGGAUAUAUUGCCCAAAUGUGUUUCUUCUGUAUAUUUCUUCUAUGAUCCACAGUAUACAAACCUCACUAUGGGCACUUAUGGAACAUUGAGAGAGAUUGAAUUUACGCGUCAUCUCCAUUUAAUAUGUCCUGAACUAAAAUACUAUUACAUGGGCUUCUACAUACACUCAUGUAAAAAAAUGAGAUAUAAAGGCGCGUUCACACCGUCGGACCUCCUUUGCCCCGAGACCUACAAUUGGUUCCCAAUAAAGGACUGUAUACCCAAAUUAGAACAAUCCCCAUACUCAAGACUUGAUCCGGACUUGAGAAGAGUUGAUGGGAAUAUACCAAGUGAAAGUGAUAUUAAUUUUAUCCCGGUUUUGUGUAAAAGUCAAUUGUUGUCAUAUAAAGUGUAUCGGAAGAAAGCGGGAAAGCGGAAUGAUGAUGCUCAAGAAAUAUUACAGUAUGCAAAUUUGGUUGGAGCAAAGUGUGCUAAAAGCUUGAUUUUGGUUAGGUAA